AAGACUUGGCAGCCCCACGCGCGGUAAGCCCAGAGUCUCCUCUCCACCGUCGCCCUUGGCGUCCUCGGUCCUCCCUCCUCGAUCCUCCCUCCAACCCCCGUCCCCCCCCCGCUCCAUGGGGGGCGGCGGCCGCGGCGCCGCCGGCGGGGGCGGCAAGGGCAGGGGCAGCGGCAAGGGCAAGGGCAAGGGCAAGGGCAAGGGCAAGGGCAAGGACAGGGAUAGGGGCAGAGCCAGCUCGGCCCGCGGCCCCGCGGGGGACGAGGUGGCCGAAGGCGCAGGAGGCGGCAAGAGCUCCGCCUCGGCCCUCAGCGGCGCCGCGGCGAAGGCCUCCAGGAAGCAGGUCGAGGCGCUGCGGGCGUUCUCCACGCAGCAGUGGUGGGAGAUCGGCCAGGACCUGAAGGCGCCCAGGCGCACGAAGCCCGCCGAGUUCCAGCAGGCCUGCGUCAGGACGCACGAGGAGAUGAGGAGACUGUACGAGUCCGCGAUGAUGCAGGACUCCGAGCAGCGGUGGCUUCGGAAGGUCUGUGGCGAGGGCACUGCGAGCGACAGGUCGGCCUCGCUGGUGAUGCUCAUUCAGGUUUGCCCCGUCUUCUCCACAGGGUACAUCAAGAGCCUGCUCACCCUGGCAGGGAAGCUGGGGCGCAGCGACUCGAUGACGGCCUUGGACGCGAUGAAGGAGCUCUUCAUCACGACUCUGCUCCCCGAUAGGAAGCUGAGGACGCUGGCCCAGAUGGAGCCGAUCUCCCCCAAAGGUCUCACAGAGGAGCAGUUCGCGGAGCGUUGCGCUGUGAAUUUCUUCGAGGACUAUUUGAAGACUGCCUUUGCAGCGUUUAUCCAUAUCCUCAGCGAGGCAGCUCACACCACGGUUACCUUUAUGAAGACCAAGGCCAUGCGGACCGCCUUCGAGCUGCUGUCCUCUAAGCCAGAGCAGGAACGAGCUUUACUAAACUUGCUUGUCAACAAGUUCGGUGACCUGUCGCCCAAGGUUUCGUCGAACGUUGGCUUCCACCUCAAGAAGCUGUUGGAGGCGCAUCCCGGGAUGAAGGGCAUCGUUGCCAAGGAGGUGGAAACUUUCCUGGCCAGGCCGAACAUAUCCCGCAAGUCGCAGUACUGCGCCGUGCUCUUCCUCUCCGAGAUGACUCUCAAUCGGAAGGAGGCCGAUCUGGCCGCGCAGCUGGUCAAGCUGUUUGUCGGGCGAUUGGAGGAGGCGCUGAGGCCACCUAAGCUGUCCCGCAAAGAGGCGAUUCGGAGGAGGCGGGUGCAGUGGCGUUCGUCGAAGCGGACUGGGCGCUUGAGCGAGGAUGACAAUCGCUUGAUCCGGACCCUCGUGAGCGGAAUCCAGCGGGCCCUGCCAUACCUGGACAACGCCAUGGUCACCACCAAGGCGAUGCAGGAGGACACCGUGAACGCGCUGUUCAAGGUGUGCCACACGGUGUCCGCCUUCUCCACCCGCAUAGCCAUCAUGAGCCUACUGUUCCAGUGCCUCUUCAAGCAGGGGGCCGCCCCGGACAGGUUCUACCGCCUGCUCUACGAGCAGAUUGCGCACUUCGACCUCUUCGCGUGCACGCACAGGCUCCAGGCCUCCCUGCUCCUGCGCAAGUGCGCCCCGGCCGACCCCUCGGCGGCGCGCGGGCUGGCGCUGGCGCGCCGCCUGCUGCAGAUCGGCGCCAACUCGGAGCCCCCCGUGGCCGCCGCGGCGCUCUCGGUCCUCCGCGAGCUGCUGGCCGCGCACCGCUCGGAGAUGCGGCCGCUGCUGGGGAGCGUGGAGUCGUCGCUGCAGCCGCGGCUGGACCACGACGACGACGGCCAGGAGCACUUCCGGGACGACGACGGCGAGGCGGACGCGGCCGGGGCCCGCGAAGGGGGCGAGCGGCCGCGGUACGAGCCGCUGGCGCGCGAGCCGCGCUUCGCGAGAGCUGGGCACACCCCGCUGUGGGAGCUGUACGCGCUCGCCGCGCACGUGCACCCGUCGGUGGCGUUCGGCGCGACGAAGCUUCUCCACUGCGAGCCGUACCGCGACGCCGGGGACAACCCGUUCGAGGUCCUCUCGUGCGGGCAGCUGCUGGAGACCUUUGUCCUCGCUUCCCGGGCGCACCGGGACGGGAAGGACAAGGGCCGGGACAAGAGGUCCAAGGUGGCGCGCGUCGCGUUCACGAGCGAGCACUUCUCCCGCAAGAAGCACGUGCCCGCGCACGAGAAGUUCUUCCAGCUGUACUUCUGCGACGCCACGGUGCGGGCCGCCCAGAGGAGAAAGGCCCAGAGCAAGAGGCAGCAGGAGGAGGACGUCGACGAGGAGGGAGCGGACGCCGCGGCGGACGACGGCGACGAGGAGGAGGAGGAGGACAAGUUCUUCGACGAGUACAUCCAGGGCCAGAUGCCCAAGGAUGGGGACGAGGACGAGGACGUGGACAUCGACGACGACUCCGACGACGACGGCAGCGCAGGCGGGGCCUCCGACGCCCCCGAGGGGGCGGAGUCGGACGAGGCCGGGGCCCAGCCGAGCGGCGAGGAGGACGAGGACUCGGAGCCAGACGACGCCUUCGAGCACCGGGGCAAGAAGCGACCGGCGCCCGCCUCCAAGGCGCAGCGCAUCAAGGCGCUGAAGAAGAAGCACUCCGGCUCCACCUUCGCCUCCAUCGAGGACUUCGAGCAGCUGCUGGCGGAGGACUUCCCGUGACCGGGAGGGGGGGGCGCGGGGCGCGGAGGGGGCGCGGGGCGCGGGGGGGCGGCCCAGAUCGGUGGGCGGCCAGGCUCGCAGCUGCCCCGCG